CGCAAACACCGAGUUGGGGGGAAAUUCCUUCAAUUGUGAGAAAGGGGAGAAACCGGGCCGCCCGCCUGCCUGCCCCCCGCCGCCCCGGAGCCGCGCCGCUGUGUCGGGGAGUUCCCCAGGACUCGGUGCUGACUGGCCUGCGGGGAAUUUCAAGAGUAACCUGUGUGUUUUUAUUUCUGAUAUCCAAUGUCUUCAGCUUUUAUAAAUAAAGCAAAGAACUGUGGAUGCUAGCGAUCUGAAACAGAAAUUGCUGGUGAAACUCGGCAGGUCUGGCAGCAUCAGUGGGGAGAAAGCAGUUAACAUUUCAAGCCCAGUAACUCUUCAUCAGAACCUUCUGAACAUUAUCGUCAUCUUUUAUUUGCUUUUCAUUUGUGGUCAGGGUUGUUUUGCAAGCUUGCAAAUGCUUGAAGUCUUUUUGCUACAAUCUUCAAAAUAGAAUGAAAAAUAUAUAGGGUUUGUGUGAUUGAAAGUGUGCCGUGGUAUGACGACUACUAACAAGGGAAACAAGGCCUUAAAGGUGAAGCGGGAGCCAGGUGAAAAUGGAGCCAGUCUCACAGAUCAGGAGCUCGUUUCUAUGUCUGUUCGAGAAUUGAACCAACAUCUGCGGGGCCUAACUAAAGAAGACAUCAUCCGGCUGAAGCAGCGCCGCAGAACGCUCAAGAACCGUGGCUACGCUGCCAGCUGCCGUGUCAAGAGGGUAACUCAGAAGGAGGAAUUGGAGAAGCAGAAAGCAGAACUUCAGCAAGAGGUAGAGAAGCUGGCAUCUGAGAAUGCCAGCAUGAAAUUAGAGCUGGAUGCCCUGCGAUCCAAGUAUGAGGCCUUGCAGAGCUUCGCCAGGACCGUAGCCAGAGGACCCGUCAUGCCGGUUAGAGGUCCUAUCACUUCUGCCAUUGGGCCCAUUAUGCCAGGCAAAGUGGCUACCACCAGUGUCAUCACAAUAGUCAAAUCCAAAACCGAUGCAAGAUCUUAGUACAUACUACUGUAGACACAGGCUAGAGACAAACUAGUUCUUCGUAACACUGGUCAAUUCAUGGAGUUAACCACAAAUGUUUGAAUAAAUAACUUAGCUGCCAUCCUUCACCACCUCUACCACUAAAGAAAUACAGGCAAGUUUCUCCACAUGAUCACCAGACUGCAGUAGAUUGGCGAAUUAGCAAAGCACUAGUUACAAGGUCAACCUCAUUCUUUUGUAGAGUCCAAACUCUCAUUUGGUCAUGUUAUGUUCAGGUUUUUAAUUUAGUCCAUCUCUAGCACACUUCCUGUAGACCUCUUGCAGUUUUAACUGAACUGAGUAAUAUCCAAAAUGAAAAGGAAAUCAUUCUUUUAUUUCAACGUCAAAAUUCUUACUGAGUUCCCUAGUGCAGCCACAGUGAAUAAAAUGGAGGCCUUCAUUAACUUGGAAGAUCUUGCCGCUUGACAAUAUUUCACACAGACCAAACCAUGGUAGCUCCACAGCCACCUUAAAGGACAAGCUUGUUGAUUUUUUUUUUCUUUGCUGAAAUUUGAGCAAACUUUGCAAAAAUAAAAAUCUACCUUUUGGAUGAAGACAAUGUGACGUGUUUAAGCAAAUCCCAGUAUUGUAAAUUACUUUUAUCAAUUAGAUUAUAAAUGGACUCUGAGUGCAAUUCUUUUUAAUUGGAAGCUUUUAUUUUUGAUCUGAAAUCUUGUGGCUAACUUUGUGCAUUGACCAGUGAACAGCUUCUCAUAUUCAUGCACAUCUGAACACGGUGUACCGUAUCACCAUGGAGUAAGGUAGUUCAAAUGACCUGUUCAUAUGGUUAAGUAUUCCUUUCUAUUCAUAUACUACUGGGUAUUUCUUGGAAAAAUUUAUAGCACAAAUUAGAAAUGUUGAUUUUAAUUUGUACACUUAAAAAAAGGUUACUCAUUGGAAGACAAUGCACAACAUUUUAAAACGUGCAGAGAUGGGAGGAGGCAGAAUUAAUAGCACCCUUUGUAACACUAUAUAAGCUGUUACAGAAACCCUGCCAUCUGCUUGUCACUAUCCAAUGAAGGCAGCGGAAUGUCAGCCUGACUGUAUAAUAAGCUUUUGAUUAUUCAAAAUGUGCAGUCUUCAUAACAAAGCUCAAUUCUUUAUGGCUUUAGAUUCUUCAAGAUAAACAGCUUCUGAUGAUCCUAUCUCUGUGAAUCUUCUAUUUAUGGUUUCUUCAUUUAUGUCAUGUAUAAAUGUUGAA